GGUAUAAUCGGAAUAAGAGCCAACCAAUUACACAAAAGCUUCCACAAACAGCAGAAGGAACCUGUCACACCUUCUUAGGUCUCCUGCUUCCCCUCCCCUUCGCUCCCGCCUUCCACUUAUUCAUACAAGAAGCGCCUCAGCUUUCAUUGGCCAGUGCGUGGUGACAUCUUAACCAAUCACAAACCAGACUGUGCUCCUACAGUACCCAGAGCGCGAAUCGUGAAGAGACCUUGGCUACGAUUGGUCCCUGCGUGAUAAGGUUUUAAUUUUGAAUUGUUCUACAUGGCGAGGGAGAGGCCACUACCCGGACUCCAUCUAAUCCCGAGCUCUUAGACUAAAAUCAUGCCCAAGUUCAAGCAACGAAGAAGAAAGCUAAAAGCCAAAGCCAAAAGAUUAUUCAAAAAAAGAGAAGUCUCUCACUUUCAGCCCAAGCUAAUUAUACCUCCUCCUCAGCUACCCUCACCAGAAAGAGUGGUUACUCCUUCAGCAGAUAUACCCCUUAGCAGAAGCUGGCUAAGAUCAUCCUGGAACUUCAAAUUUCCCAAUAUCAAAGAUACAGUAAAACUUUGGACAAAUAGAGUGUGGUCUAUAUACAACUGGUGCCAGAACUGCAUGGCCCAGAGUUUAGAAGUGUUGAAAGACACCAUCUUUCCAUCCCGUUUCUGCCACCAAGAACUUCACAGUCUGAAACAACGGUUUUGCAUUUUAGAAAAUCAAUUAUGCAAGCUCCAGGAAACUCUGAAGGCUAUCUUGGAAAAUUCUUCCUGCCCAAACUGUGGUCAGACAUGUCACAUAAGUGGUAAACUUACAAAUGUGCCUGCCUGUGCUCCAACCACCCCUGGAGAAUCUAGAGCUGUACUUCCUCCCACGCUGCCACAGCCAGCCACCCAUCUUCCUCCUCUUCCACCUCCGCCUCCACCCCCUCCACCUCCUCCUCUCCCUCCACCUCCACCACCUGUAGCACCUUUGCUGCUCAGAAAAUCCAGUCGCACUAAAGCACUUCAGGCUGGACCAUUAAAAAAAGAUGGACCCAUGCAAAUAACAGUUGAAGAUCUACUGACUGUGAAAUUAAAGAAGACACAGUGUUUUGAUGAAAGGAAGAAGCUUGUAUCAUCACCAAAGACACGGAAUCCACUAGUUACUAUCUCUGACCUGCAGCAUGUCACCCUGAAACCCAACUCCAAAGUGCUAUCAACUCGAGUUACAAAUGUCUUAAUUACUCCUGGUAAAAGCCAGAUAGAUCUGCGGAAACUACUUAGAAAAGUUGACGUAGAGAGGAGCCCAGGUGGAACCCCACUUACGAAUAAAGAAAAUAUGGAUACAGGAACUGGACUGACUCCAGUAAUGACCCGGGCCUUGAGGAGAAAGUUUCAGAUGGCUCACCCUAGAAGCCCAACUCAAACUCUGCCACUUUCUACAAACAGCUUUGAUGAACAAAACUGAUGUCAAGUCAGCCUGACUCCGUGUGAUGAUCCAUAAAAUACAUAGAUAAAAUCACCCCAAUCCUUUUUUUUAAUACAGUAGAGUAGGUAUAAGUAAUUAUACUAAUAUAUAAUUCCAUCUAAAGAAUUAAAGUAUGUGUGGAGCCCCCAUACAUACUAUGAUACAAAG